AUGUCCGAUGCCGAUGCCAACGAGGCUCCGAGGCAUGCAGGCAUCGUCGUCGAUGUCGGUGGCGUUCUCACAGACAACAGAGGGUAUAAUGGGACUAAAUACUGGCAUGAUCCUGGUGCCUUUCGCAACGGCUUCAAAGGCUUCUGUUCCGUCUUCGUCACCGCCGCUUUUGCCUUUGGCGGCACAGAACUGGUCGGCCUGGCCGCGGCUGAGGCUGCCAAUCCCGAAAAGUCGCUGGUCAAGGCAACCAAGCAGGUUUUCUGGCAGAUCGCCUUCUAUUACAUCGGUACCCUCUUUAUCCUCGGCUCGAUUCUCCCUUCGAACGAUGAGCAUCUCCUCGGAGCCAGCGGAGCCAACACUAAAGCGUCGCCAAUUGUCCUUGCCAUCCAGAUGGCUGGAGUGAAAGCCCUCCCCUCGGUGUUCAACGCCGUCAUCACCAUAUCUGUCAUCAGUGUGUCCAACUCGUGCAUCUACGCCAGCUCGCGCACCAUACAGGCCCUCGCUGCCAACGGUAUGGCUCCACGGUUUUUGCGAUAUAUUGACCAGGCUGGCCGGCCCCUCUGGUGCAUUGUCUUGCAGCUCUUGUUUGGUUGCAUUGCCUUCAUUGGAGAGGCCAGCGCCUCUAUUAAUCUCUCUCAUAUUCGCUUCCGGGCUGGGUGGAAAUAUCACGGGUACUCGACCUCACAACUCCCCUACCGGGCCGUGUUUGGCGUCUAUGGUUCCUACCUGGGCCUCUUCCUUAACUGUAUCGCUCUGAUUGCCACCUUCUAUGUCAGCUUGUUCCCGCUGAGGGAGAAACCUGAUGCCAAGGCAUUCUUCAGGAGCUAUCUCGCGGCCCCUUUCAUCCUUGGUUUCUAUGUUUUCUGGAAGCUCUACAGCAGAGACUGGAGUCUCUUCGUCAGAGCCAGGGAUAUGGAGGUCACCACCGGUUUGAGACCGGGCUGGAAUCAAAUAGUGAGUGGCGAGGAGAUUAAACAGCCGAAGUGGAGGAAGGUGAUUUCUGCUUUCAUCUAG